GUUGCGCAGGGCGCCUGAAGCCCUUGUUCUUUCUCCGGCCAUCCGCGGCCACCGCCCAGCCGGUAGCUACAGGGUCUGAUGCAAAGUGCCUUGUCAUUGGGAAAGCUGGUGGCUGGGACGUUGAAUUCCAUGAAGGAGUAGGACUGCGAGGGUGGGAAAUGAACAGAAGCCCCUAUUCUCGCAAUGCACUCGGACUAGCCCACUGACUAGCCCGGUGAGGAAGUCGGAGGCGGGGUCCUCGCCUAGCCCACUAGGGCCGCCUGGAGUAGCCUGUUCCUCUUCAGGACAGCACCUGGGAGCCGGCAGCCAGCGCGGCAGGUCGACUUUGCUCCUGAGGGGACCCUCCGCCUGCGCCUUGGCCCUGCCCCUCCUGUUUCGUGAUGCUGCGAGUCUUCAUCCUCUUCGCGGAGAAUGUCCACACCCCGGACUCCGACAUCAGCGACGCCUACUGCUCCGCUGUGUUUGCAGGGGUGAAGAAGAGAACCAAAGUCAUCAAGAACAGCGUGAACCCCGUGUGGAAUGAGGGCUUUGAGUGGGACCUCAAAGGUAUCCCUCUAGACCAGGGCUCAGAACUUCAUGUGGUGGUCAAGGACCAUGAGACGAUGGGGAGAAACAGGUUCCUGGGGGAAGCCAAGAUCCCACUCCAGGAGGUCCUUGCCACUCCCAGCCUGUCUGCCAGCUUCAACGCACCUCUGCUGGACACCAAGCAGCAACCCACAGGGGCCUCCCUGGUCCUGCAGGUGUCCUACACGCCACCCCCAGGAGCUGUGCCCUUGUUUCCGCCACCUGCUUCUCUGGCACCCUCUCCAACACUGCCUGACAUGGACAUGGUGGCUGGUGGGGGACAGAGCCGGGCUGAAACUUGGUCCCUGCUCAGUGACAGCACCAUGGACACAAGAUACUCUGGGAAGAAGUGGCCGGCCCCCACGGACACAGGAGGGGAGGAAGACACUGAGGACCAGGGGCUGACUGGAGAUGAAGCUGAGCCAUUCCUGGAUCAGAGUGGUGCUGUGGGCCCAGGGGGACCAACCACACCCAAGAAGCUACCUUCCCACCCUCCUCCCCACCAUCCAGGGGGUAAAAGAAAAAGAAGCUCAGCCCCACCUAGAAAGCUGCUGUCGGACAAGCCACAGGACUUCCAGAUCAGAGUCCAGGUGAUAGAGGGGCGUCAGCUGCCUGGUGUGAACAUCAAGCCUGUGGUCAAAGUCACAGCUGCUGGCCAGACCAAGCGGACUCGCAUCCAGAAGGGAAACAGCCCACUCUUCAAUGAGACUCUUUUCUUCAACGUGUUCGACUCUCCCUCGGAGCUGUUUGAUGAGCCCAUCUUCAUCACGGUGGUGGAUUCACGCUCCCUUAGGACAGAUGCCCUCCUUGGCGAGUUCCGGAUGGAUGUGGGCACCGUGUACAGAGAACCCCGACAUGCUUAUCUCCGCAAGUGGCUGCUGCUCUCCGACCCAGAUGACUUCUCUGCAGGGGCCAAAGGCUACCUCAAAGCCAGCCUGUGUGUGUUAGGGCCUGGAGACGAAGCUCCUCUGGACAGGAAGGACCCUUCUGAAGACAAGGAGGACAUUGAAGGCAACCUGCUUAGGCCCACUGGCGUUGCCCUUCGUGGAGCCCACUUCUGUCUGAAACUCUUCCGGGCUGAGGACUUACCACAGAUGGAUGAUGCCGUGAUGGACAACGUCAAGCAGAUCUUUGGCUUUGACAGCAACAAGAAGAACUUGGUGGAUCCCUUUGUGGAAGUCAGCUUUGCUGGGAAAAUGCUCUGCAGCAAGAUCCUGGAGAAGACAGCCAACCCUCAGUGGAACCAGAACAUCACAUUGCCUGCGAUGUUUCCCUCUAUGUGUGAAAAAAUGAGGAUUCGUGUCAUGGACUGGGACCGCCUCACUCACAAUGACACCGUGGCUACCACCUACCUGGGUAUGUCGAAAAUCUCUGCCCCUGGAGGAGAAAUAGAAGUGGAUGACAACUUGGGUUUCCUCCCCACCUUCGGGCCCUGCUAUGUGAACCUCUAUGGCAGUCCCCGGGAGUUCACGGGUUUCCCAGACCCUUAUGCGGAGCUCAACACAGGAAAGGGAGAAGGUGUGGCUUACCGAGGUCGGCUCCUGCUGUCGCUAGAGACCAAACUGGUGGAGCACAGUGAGCAGAAGGUGGAAGACCUUGCUGCUGAUGAUAUCCUGCGUGUGGAGAAGUACCUCCGGAGGCGCAAAUACUCCCUCUUUGCUGCCUUCUACUCGGCCACAAUGCUGCAGGAUGUGGAUGAUGCCAUCCAGUUCGAGGUCAGCAUUGGGAACUAUGGAAACAAAUUCGACACCACUUGCCUGCCACUGGCCUCUACCACCCAGUACAGCCGGGCAGUCUUUGAUGGGUGCCACUACUAUUACUUGCCUUGGGGCAAUGUGAAGCCAGUGGUAGUCCUGUCCUCAUACUGGGAAGACAUCAGCCAUCGAAUUGAGACGCAAAACCAGCUCCUCAGGAUUGCUGACCGGCUGGAAGCUAACUUGGAGCAGGUCCACCUGGCUCUGAAGGCACAGUGCUCCUCUGAGGACAUGGACGCCCUGGUGGCUCAGCUGACAGACGAGCUUCUUGCAGACUGCAGCCAGCCCCUGUGUGACACCCAUGAAAUACCUUCUGCCACCCACCUUGAUCAAUAUCUGUUUCGGCUACGUGGCCGUCACCUGAGCCAGAUCAAAGAAGCUGCCCUGGCCUUGAAGCUCGGCCACAGUGAGCUCCCCACUGCCCUGGAGCAGGCUGAGGACUGGCUUCUGCGUCUCCGUGCCCUGGCUGAGGAGCCCCAGAACAGCCUGCCAGAUAUCAUCAUCUGGAUGCUGCAGGGUGAUAAGCGCGUGGCUUACCAACGGGUGCCCACUCAUGAAGUCCUCUUCUCCCGCCGGGGCCCCAGCUACUGCGGCAGGAACUGUGGAAAGCUCCAGACCAUCUUUCUGAAAUAUCCCAUGGAGGGCGUGCCUAGGACCCGGAUGCCUGUGCAGAUCCGGGUCAAACUUUGGUUCGGGCUCUCUGUGGAUGAGAAAGAAUUCAAUCAGUUUGCUGAGGGGAAACUCUCUGUCUUUGCUGAAACGUAUGAGAACCAGACGAAGCUGGCGCUGGUUGGGAACUGGGGCACAACAGGCCUCACCUACCCCAAGUUUUCUGACGUCACAGGCAAGAUCAAGCUGCCAAAGGAUAGUUUCCGUCCUUCCGCUGGUUGGGCCUGGGCAGGGGACUGGUUCGUGUGUCCAGAGAAGACCCUGCUCCAUGAUGCUGAUGCCGGUCACCUGAGCUUUGUGGAGGAGGUUUUUGAGAACCAGACCCGGCUACCUGGAGGCCAGUGGAUUUAUAUGAGCGAUAAUUACACUGAUGUGAAUGGGGAGAAGGUGCUUCCAAAGGAUGAUACUGAGUGCCCACUGGGCUGGAAGUGGGAAGAUGAAGAAUGGUCCACAGACCUCAAUCGGGCUGUUGAUGAACAAGGCUGGGAGUACAGUAUCACCAUCCCCCCAGACCGAAAGCCAAAACACUGGGUCCCCGCUGAGAAGAUGUAUUACACUCACAGACGUCGGCGCUGGGUCCGACUGCGCAGGAGGGACCUCAGCCAGAUGGAGGCACUGAAGAGGCACAGGCAGGCAGAGGCUGAGGGUGAGGGCUGGGAAUACGCCUCUCUCUUUGGCUGGAAGUUCCACCUGGAGUACCGCAAGACAGAUGCCUUCCGCCGCCGCCGCUGGCGCCGCCGCAUGGAGCCACUGGAAAAGACCGGACCUGCAGCUGUGUUUGCCCUCGAGGGGGCCCUGGGCGGCAUGGUGGAUGACCGGAGUGAAGAUUCCAUGUCCGUUUCUACCCUGAGCUUUGGCGUUAACAGACCCACGAUCUCCUGCAUCUUUGACUAUGGGAAUCGCUACCAUCUGCGUUGCUAUCUGUACCAGGCCCGAGACCUGCCAGCCAUGGACAAAGACUCCUUCUCAGAUCCCUAUGCCAUCGUCUCCUUCCUGCACCAGAGCCAGAAGACGGUGGUGGAGAAGAACACCUUGAACCCCACCUGGGAUCAAACCCUCAUCUUCUAUGAGAUCGAGAUCUUUGGUGAGCCAGCCAGUGUUGCCGAGUAUCCGCCCAGCAUUGUGGUGGAGCUGUAUGACCACGACACCUACGGUGCUGACGAAUUCAUGGGCCGCUGUAUCUGUCAGCCCAGCCUGGAACGGAUGCCCCGACUGGCCUGGUUCCCGUUGACCAGAGGCAGCCAGCCUGCGGGCGAGCUGCUGGCAGCGUUCGAGCUGAUCCAGAGAGAGAAGCCAGCAAUCCAUCAUAUUCCUGGCUUUGAGAUGCACGAAACGUCAAGUAUACUGGAUGAGACAGAGGACACAGACUUACCUUACCCACCACCCCAGAGGGAGACCAACAUAUACAUGGUCCCCCAGAACAUCAAGCCAGCUCUCCAGCGCACAGCCAUCGAGAUCCUGGCCUGGGGCUUGAGGAACAUGAAGAGCUAUCAGAUGGCCAGCAUCUCUUCCCCUAGCCUCGUGGUGGAGUGUGGUGGCCAGACAGUGCAGUCCUGUGUCAUCAGAAACCUUCGGAAGAACCCUAACUUUGAUGUCUGCACCCUGUUCAUGGAAGUGAUGUUGCCCCGAGAGGACCUUUACUGUCCCCCAAUUGUGGUCAAGGUCAUUGAUAACCGCCAGUUUGGCCGCCGGCCAGUAGUGGGCCAAUGCACCAUUCGCUCCCUGGAGAAAUUCCUGUGUGACCCUUACUCGGCAGAAAGUCCCUCCCCACGGGGAGGCCCAGAUGACGUGAGCUUGCUCAGCCCCGGGGAAGACGUGCUCAUUGACAUCGAUGACAAGGAGCCUCUUAUCCCUGUCCAGCUCACAGAUGGGUUGUCAAGCUUGACCCCAACUAACCUGAGGUCUUCUCCGUCCAGCCCUCAUGAGGAGGAGUUCAUUGACUGGUGGAGCAAAUUUUUUGCCUCUAUCGGGGAGAGCGAAAAGUGCGGCUCCUACCUGGAGAAGGAUUUUGACACACUGAAGGUCUAUGAUACACAGUUGGAGAAUGUGGAGGCUUUUGAGGGCCUGUCAGACUUUUGUAAUACCUUCAAGCUCUACCGAGGCAAGACUCAAGAGGAAACAGAUGAUCCGUCUGUCAUCGGAGAAUUUAAGGGUCUCUUCAAAAUUUAUCCCCUCCCAGAAGAUCCAUCUAUUCCCCUACCCCCAAGGCAAUUCCACCAGCUGGCUGCUCAGGGUCCCCAGGAAUGCUUGGUCCGUAUUUACAUCGUUCGAGCAUUUGGCUUACAACCCAAGGACCCCAACGGCAAGUGUGACCCAUACAUCAAGAUCUCCAUAGGGAAGAAAUCAGUGAGUGACCAGGAUAACUACAUCCCUUGCACCCUGGAGCCUGUAUUUGGAAAGAUGUUUGAGCUCACCUGCACCCUGCCUCUAGAGAAGGACCUGAAGAUCACACUCUACGACUAUGACCUCCUCUCCAAGGAUGAGAAGAUUGGAGAGACGGUCAUUGACCUGGAGAACAGGCUGCUGUCCAAGUUUGGAGCUCGCUGUGGGCUCCCACAGACCUACUGUGUCUCUGGACCAAACCAGUGGAGAGACCAGCUCCGCCCCUCCCAGCUCCUCCAGCUCUUCUGCCAACAGCACAGGGUCAAGGCCCCUGUGUACCGGACAGACCGAGUGACAUUUCAGGAUAAGGAAUACACCAUUGAGGAGAUCGAGGCUGGUAGACUCCCGAACCCACACCUAGGCCCAGUGGAGGAACGCCUCGCUCUGCAUGUCCUUCAGCAACAAGGUCUGGUCCCUGAGCACGUGGAGUCACGGCCUCUUUACAGUCCUCUGCAGCCAGACAUUGAGCAGGGGAAGUUGCAGAUGUGGAUUGACCUAUUUCCAAAGGUACUGGGCCGGCCUGGACCUCCUUUCAACAUCACUCCACGGAGAGCUAGAAGGUUUUUCUUGCGUUGUAUUAUUUGGAACACGAAAGAUGUGAUCUUGGAUGACCUCAGCCUCACAGGGGAGAAGAUGAGUGACAUCUAUGUGAAAGGCUGGAUGGUGGGAUUUGAAGAGCACAAACAGAAGACAGAUGUGCACUACCGCUCCCUUGGUGGCGAGGGCAACUUCAACUGGAGGUUCGUGUUUCCUUUCGACUAUCUGCCCGCUGAGCAAGUCUGCGCUGUUGCCAAGAAGGAUGCCUUCUGGAGACUUGACAAGACAGAGAGCAAGAUCCCAGCUCGCGUGGUCUUCCAGAUUUGGGACAAUGACAAGUUCUCCUUUGAUGACUUUCUGGGCUCCCUGCAGCUGGAUCUCAACCACAUGCCCAAGCCAGCCAAGACAGCUGAGAAGUGCUCCUUGGACCAGCUGGAUGACACCUUCCACCCUGAAUGGUUUGUGUCCCUUUUUGAGCAGAAGACAGUGAAAGGAUGGUGGCCUUGUGUGACAGAGGAGGGCGAGAAGAAGAUGCUGGCGGGCAAGCUGGAAAUGACCUUGGAGAUCGUUGCAGAGAGUGAACAUGAAGAACGGCCCGCUGGCCAGGGUCGGGAUGAGCCCAACAUGAAUCCGAAGCUAGAAGAUCCAAGGCGCCCCGACACCUCUUUCCUGUGGUUUACCUCCCCAUACAAGACCAUGAAGUUCAUCUUGUGGAGACGCUUCCGGUGUGCCAUCAUCCUCUUCAUCAUCCUCUUCAUCCUCCUGCUCUUCCUGGGCAUCUUUGUCUACGCCUUCCCGAAUUAUGCUGCCAUGAAGCUUGUGAAGCCCUUCAGCUGAAGAUGUCUACUCUGGAGAAGGGCUGCUUCCUGGCCCAGGACUGGCUGCUCCUCCAUUCCUCUGGGGCCCGGUGGUCUUGCACAUACGCACUGAGUUCUUGGGAUGACCCUAUUUCCUUCAUCCUUUUCUCCCCCAACCCAGCUCUGUUUUGGAUGAACUCUUGCCGAUCUCAGUAUAAAGCAGACAG